UGUUCAGAGAGAUUUCUUGGGAGUACAGAGUGGGAGUGAAGGGGGCGGACCCGGGCAAAGUACACACCCAGAGGGCAGUCUAGAGCUGAUGGGUGGAAUCGACCGGCAGACUGCCCACUGGCCUGCCGGGCUGCUUUUCCUUGCGGCAGACAUGCUGUGGAUCUGGGCUGCCCUGCCUCUGGUGCUUGCUGACUCGCAGUUAAGUGUUCAUACUCAAGGUACUGAGAGCAUCUUCCAGGGUUUGGGGUUGAGGAGGAGAGUUCGAGAAACUGGCAACAACUGCUCAGAAGGACUAUAUCAAGGGGGCCCAUUUUGCUGUCAACCGUGCCAACCUGGUGAACAAAAAGUUAAGGACUGCACAAACAAUGGGGGUGCACCAACCUGCGCUCCUUGCACCGAAGGGAAGGAGUACAUGGACAAGAAACAUUAUUCUGAUAAAUGUAGAAGAUGCACAUUAUGUGACGAAGGGCAUGGUUUAGAAGUGGAAACAAACUGUACCCGGACCCAGGAUACCAAGUGCAAGUGCAAACCAAACUUCUAUUGCGAUUCUUCUGGCUGCGAACACUGUGUUCAAUGUACCUUGUGUGAACAUGGAACCCUUGAGCACUGCACACCGACCAGCAAUGCCAAAUGCAAGAAACAAAGUUCCAAAUACCAUUUCCUGUGGUUGUCGCUCAUCCCUGUUUUGAUAAUAUCAUUUGUAUUUAUAUAUAAAAAGUGCUGGAAAAGGCAUCAUGAUGACCCUGAAUCUGGAAUCCCAAGUCCUGAAAGCAUGCCAAUGAAUGUCUCAGAUGUUAACUUGGAUAAAUACAUCUCGAGAAUUGCUGAACAGAUGACCAUCAGCCAAGUUAGAAAAUUUGCUCGGGAAAAUGACAUCUCAGAAUCCAAGAUAGAUGAAAUCAAGCAUGACAACUUCCAAAACACAGCUGAGGAGAAGACUAAGCUGCUCCAGUGCUGGUACCAAUCUCACGGGAAGAACGGUGCCCACGCGGCUUUAAUCAGGGGUCUCAAAAAAGCCAACUGUCGUGCCGUUGUAGAGAAUAUUCAGGCCAUGGUUCGGGAGGACCGUGAAAACUCAACCUCAGACCUCAGUAAUGAAAAUGAAGGACAACGUCUGGAGUGAAAACUCCCUCACUCCAGAAUUCCCAAUGAAGAGAGCGGAGUGCCUACCACCCGUGAUGGGCACAAAAUGAAUGCCAACUGUAUUGACACUGGCAAUUCCUGGUGUGUUCUCUUUGCCAGCAAAUGGCAGAUGAUGCUAAGCGAGGGUCAAAUGGCCAGCAGGUUUCAGAGACUGCUUCUGUUAUACUCUGCAGGUGCUGAGAUGAACCAUUUUCUCUGUCUGCUGCUAUUUUGUUAUUUUUUUUUUACAUUCAAACCUCCAUGAAAGUUGUAUUAAAAGUAAAUUGUUAUCUGAAGUAUUUGUGUUUAGAUUCAUAUACUGUGAACUGAGGAGAAUUAUAAACAGAAAUCUCACUACCAUGGCCUCAAAAGACUAUGGCAUGCUCACGAAAGGUGACCUAGCAUGACUGCACUCCAGAAGACCCAUCAAGCAGCUGAAAGAGUCAGAUGCAGAUAUUUGCACCCAACUAAUGGACAGAAGCAGCUGACUCCUCUUAUUGAAUAAAGGAAGACUGCUAAAACCUGAGAAGGGCAAUCCUGUAGGAGGACCAGCAAUCUCAAUUAAACUGGACUCCCAAAAUCUUUCAAACACUGGACCACCAACCAGGCAGCAUACACCAGUUGAUAUGAGACCCCCAACACACACACAGCAGAGGACUGCUGGGUAUGUGUUCAUUCAGAGAUGAUGCACCUAACCCUCAAGAGACUGGAGGCCCCAGGAAGUUUAGAGGUCAGGUGGGGUGGGAGGUGGAGACGGGUUGGGAAGAGGUAAGGGAUGUGGGACAGUCAGA